AUGGCGAAGGAGGAAGAGGAUGAGAAGAAAGCUAAGAAAGGGAAAAAGGGGAAGAAGGCUCCGGAGCCGGAGAAGCCCAAACGGAGCCUGAAGGGGACGUCGCGGCUGUUCAUGGGCUUCCGCGACCGCACGCCCAAGAUCUCCAAGAAGGGCCAGUUCCGGAGCGCAUCGGCCUUCUUCUGGGGCCUGCACACCGGCCCGCAGAAGACCAAACGCAAGAAGAAGGCGCGCACCGUGCUCAAGUCGACGUCCAAGCUCAUGACGCAAAUGCGCAUGGGCAAGAAGAAGCGGGCGAUGAAGGGCAAGAAGCCGUCGUUCAUGGUCAUCCGCUUCCCGGGCCGGCGCGGCUACGGCCGCCUGCGGCCGCGCGCCCAGUCGCUCAGCAAGGCGUCCACGGCCAUCAACUGGCUCACCAAGAAGUUCCUUCUCAAGAAGGCCGAGGAGUCCGGCAGCAAGCAGGCCACGCUGGACGCCUGGCUCAACCGCUCGGGCUCCCGCGUGGGCUCCCGCAAGCUGCCCUUCCCGUCGGGCGCCGAGAUCCUGCGGCACGGAGGCCGCCUGCGGAGGUUCCCCCGCAGCCGCAGCAUCUACGCGUCGGGCGAGCCGGUGGGCUUCCUGCCCUUCGAGGACGAGGCCCCGUUCCGGCCCUCGGGCUCCCGCAAGUCGCUGUACGGCCUCGAGGGCUUCCAGGACCUGGGCGAGUACUACGACUACCACCGCGAGGGCGACGACUACUACGACCGGCAGUCGCUCUACCAGUACGAGGAGGAGGAGCCCUACCUGGGCUACCGGCCCUACGACCCCUACAACCCGGCCUGGCCGCCCUACGGAGACCACCCCUACGGGUACCCGCCCGAGGACCCCUACGACUACUACCACCCGGACUAUUACGGCGGCCCCUACUAUCCCACGUACCCCUACGGCUACGGCUACGACGAUUACGAGCCCCCGUACGCGCCCCCGGCCGGGUACGCGUCCCCCUACAGCUACUAUGAUGGGUACCAAGGCGAGCCGUACCCGCACGGCUACUACCUGGAUCCCUACGCACCUUAUGAGGCGCCAUACCCGCCCUACAGCCUCCCGUACGACCUCCCGUACGAUGUACCCUAUUUUGAUCCCUACGGGGUGCCCUAUGGCGCCCCCUAUGCCGAAGACGUCUAUGGUGGCGGGGACCGGGCCAUCUACCCUCCCGAAGCGUCCUAUCUUUACCCAGAGGAGCCGGCCUUCGCGUACCCGUGGGUGCCGCCGCCCAUCCUGUCGCCCCACAACCCGUACGCCCACCCCAUGGAUGACAUCGCGGAGCUGGAGGAGCCGGAGGAGGCGGGCGGCGAGCGGCAGGGCACAUCCUUCCGCCUGCCCAGCGCGGCCUUCUUCGAGCAGCAAGGCAUGGACAAGCCCGCCAGGUCCAAGCUGUCCCUCAUCCGCAGGUUCCGCCUCUUCCCGCGGCCCCAGGUGAAGCUGUUCGGGAAGGAGAAGCUGGACGUGUCCCUGCCCCCGUCCCUGGACAUCCCUCUGCCCUUGGGGGACGCGGACGAAGACGAGGAAGAGGAGGAGAUGGCCCCGGUGCCCCCGGUGCCCUACGCGCAGCCCUUCUGGGGCUUCCUGACGCCGCGCCAGCGCAACCUCCAGCGCGCCCUGUCCGCCUUCGGCGCGCACCGGGGCCCGGGCUUCGGCGCCGACUUUGGCCGCCCCGCGCCUCGCCCGGCCACCUCGCUGGCGAGGUUCCUCAAAAAGACGCUGUCGGAAAAGAAGCCCAUCCCGCGGCUCAGGAGCAGCCAGAAGACCCCGUCCCCGCGCCGCCUGUCUGGGCGCCUGGGUCCACCCCACUCGCCUGUGCUGGGCUCCCCGAGGCCGCCCUCGCCACCCCCUCUGUUGGGCCACGGCGCCCGGUGCCGCUCCCUCAACCUGCCCUCGCGCCUGCCGCACACGUGGCGCCGCCUCAGUGAGCCGCCCACCAGGGCGGUGAAGCCCCGGGUGCGCCAGCCCUAUCCCGGGCCUCCCAGUGCUGGGUCCUGGCCGGUGGCUGCGGCUGCCCCCGAGCGCCGGGAGAGCCAGCGGGAGUCUGAGGACUCAGAGACACCCUGGACGGUGCCCCCGCUGGCGCCCAGGUGGGAUGUGGACGUGCCUCCCACCCAGCGCCCACCCUCACCCUGGCCGGGAGGUGCAGGCAGCCCUCGUAGCUUUUCCAGGCCACCCCCUGUGCCCGAAAACCCCUUCCUCCAGCACGUGGGCCCUGUGCGGUCCCCUGCGUCCUGGCCUGAGGACCCCGCCUCGGACUUGACUAAUGUCUUCUUGGUUAGACACCAGGACCCAGGGCCUGGACAGUUGGUAAAAUCAGCCAGCCCGAUCCCAGAGAAGCCAGAAGAAGAGGCCACUCUGGGGGAGCUUCAGCGACCAGCAGAGCCUGAGCCCUCUACCCCAACGCCCCCCAAGGAUUCCCUGCCAGAGCGGAGGGCACUAAGUCUCAGCCUGUCGCACCCACUGGCCACAUGUGAUAAGAUGAGAGCCACGUGGCCACCAUGGUGCCGCUGGGGGACACUGCCCAGCUCCCCAGCCCCCUUGGCACCCACUAGGGCGCCAGGGCCCCUGCCCAAGGCGGGUGAGCGGCGCCCGGCAGGCCCUGGGCGUUUUGCAGUGGUCAUGCCGCAGGUGCAAAAACUCAGUGCUUUCCAGCGAGUUCGUCCUGCCGCCCUGCAGCCCCCUGUCCAGGUGACCCAGGACCCAGAGUCCAGCCCCAAGCCAAGAGCCUGGAGUUUGCUCUGGUCCUGUUUCUGGCUGCCGGUGGAGGCCCAUCGACGACCCUGGCCACAAGUGCUCACCAGCCCCCAGUCCUGCCGCCUGGGCCCUGGAGCCAAUUGCCUGCCCCAUAGGGGCCUCUGGGAAGAAGUUGGCCCCAAAAGCUGGUGGAACAAGAUGCACUCCAUCCGCAACCUGCCGACCACACGGUUCCGCGAGCAGUCCCGGGAGGAUGGUGUGGAGGACAUGACGCAGCUGGAAGACCUCCAGGAGACCACCGUGCUGUCCAACCUCAAAACCAGAUUUGAACGGAACCUUAUCUAUACCUACAUCGGCAGCAUCCUGGUGUCGGUGAACCCUUACCAAAUGUUUGGAAUCUACGGGCCAGAGCACGUGCAGCAGUACAGCGGGCGGGCCCUGGGAGAAAAUCCCCCGCACCUCUUUGCAAUUGCAAAUCUUGCUUUCGCCAAAAUGCUUGAUGCCAAACAGAACCAGUGCAUAAUCAUCAGCGGAGAGAGUGGCUCUGGGAAAACUGAGUCUACCAAGUUGGUCCUGCGCUAUCUGGCCGCCAUGAACCAGAAACGAGGCAUCACGCAGCAGAUAAAGAUCCUAGAGGCAACACCCCUCUUGGAGUCCUUCGGUAACGCCAAAACCGUCAGGAACGACAACUCCAGCCGCUUCGGGAAGUUCGUGGAGGUCUUUCUGGAAGGGGGUGUGAUUUCCGGUGCCAUAACCUCCCAGUACCUGCUCGAGAAAUCCAGGAUUGUGUUUCAGGCCAAAAACGAGAGGAACUACCACAUCUUUUAUGAGCUGCUGGCCGGGCUGCCCGCCCAGCUGCGGCAGGCCUUCAGUCUGCAGGAGGCUGAGACCUACUACUAUCUGAACCAGGGCGGGAACUGUGAGAUCUCAGGGAAGAGCGACUCCGACGACUUCCGCCGGCUCCUGGCCGCCAUGGAGGUGCUGGGCUUCAGUGGAGAGGACCAGGACAGCAUCUUCCGUAUCCUGGCGUCUAUCCUGCACCUGGGCAAUGUCUACUUCGAGAAGUAUGAGACGGACGCGCAGGAGACCGCCUCGGUGGUGAGCGCCCGGGAGAUCCAGGCUGUGGCGGAGCUGCUGCAGAUCUCCCCCGAGGGCCUGCAGAAGGCCAUCACCUUCAAAGUGACCGAGACAAUGCGAGAGAAGAUCUUCACCCCGCUGACCGUGGAGAGUGCCGUGGAUGCCAGAGACGCCAUCGCCAAGGUGUUGUACGCACUGCUGUUCAGCUGGCUCAUUGCCCGGGUCAAUGCACUGGUGUCCCCACAGCAGGACACGCUGUCCAUCGCCAUCCUGGAUAUCUAUGGCUUUGAGGACCUGACCUUCAACAGCUUCGAGCAGCUGUGCAUCAACUAUGCAAACGAGAACCUCCAGUACCUUUUCAACAAGAUCGUGUUCCAAGAGGAGCAGGAGGAGUACAUCCGGGAACAGAUCGACUGGCGGGAGAUCAGCUUUGCCGACAAUCAGCCCUGCAUCAACCUCAUCUCCCUGAAGCCCUAUGGCAUCCUGCGCAUCCUCGAUGACCAGUGUUGCUUCCCCCAGGCCACAGACCACACGUUUCUGCAGAAGUGCCAUUACCACCACGGCGCCAACCCGCUCUACUCCAAGCCCAAGAUGCCGCUUCCCGAGUUCACCAUCAAGCACUACGCAGGCAAAGUCACCUAUCAGGUACACAAGUUCCUAGACAAGAACCAUGACCAGGUACGCCAGGACGUGCUGGAUCUCUUUGUGCGGAGCCGGACACGGGUGGUGGCAUACCUCUUCUCCAGCCACGCCCCACAGGCUGCCCCUCAGCGCCUGGGCAAGAGCAGCUCUGUCACCCGGCUCCACAAGGCACACACAGUGGCUGCUAAGUUCCAACAGUCGCUCCUGGAUCUGGUAGAAAAGAUGGAGAGGUGUAACCCCUUGUUCGUACGUUGCCUGAAGCCCAACCACAAGAAGGAGCCAAGCCUCUUUGAGCCAGACGUGGUAAUGGCACAGUUACGCUAUUCGGGGGUGCUGGAGACUGUGCGAAUCCGCAAGGAGGGCUUUCCAGUGCGCCUGCCUUUCCAGGUGUUCAUCGACAGGUACCGCUGUCUAGUGGCCCUCAAACACAACCUGCCAGCCAGUGGGGACAUGUGCGUGUCGGUGCUGAGCCGCCUGUGCACGGUCAUGCCAAAUAUGUACCGCGUCGGUGUCAGCAAGCUGUUCCUCAAGGAGCACCUGCACCAGCUGCUGGAGAGCAUGCGGGAGCGCGUCGUGCACCAGGCCGCCCUCACGCUGCAGCGCUGCCUCCGCGGCUUCCUCAUCCGCCGCCGCUUCCGCUCGCUGCGUGGCCAGAUCACCCUGCUGCAGAGCCGGGCCCGGGGCUACCUGGCCAGGCAGCGAUAUCAGCAGAUGAGGAGGAAUCUGGUCAAGUUCCGGUCCCUGGUGCACACGUACAUGAACCACCGGCAUUACCUCAAGCUGAGGGCAGAGCGGAGGCUCCGGGUGGAGGAGGCUCGGCUCCGGGAGCUGGAGGAGCUGAGCAAGCGGGAGGUGGUGGCCGUGGGGCACCUGGAGGUACCCGCUGAGCUGGCAGGACUCUUGCAAGCCGUGGCAGGCCUCAGACCAGCCCGGGUGCCCCAGGUGGCCCCUGUGCGGACUCCCCGGCUCCAGGCCGAGCCCCGUGUCACACUGCCCCUGGACAUCAACAACUACCCCAUGGCCAAGUUCGUCCGAUGCCACUUUAAGGAACCUGCCUUCGGGAUGUUAACGGUGCCCUUGAAGACACCCCUUCUGCGGCUGCCGGCAGAGUGCCAUGCAGAAGCCGUCAGCGUCUUCAAGUUGAUCCUGCGUUUCAUGGGCGACCCCCGCCUGUAUGGUGCCCAGGAAAACAUCUUCGGGAACUACAUUGUGCAGAAGGGGCUGGCAGCACCCGAACUCCGGGAUGAGAUCCUGGUGCAGCUGGCCAACCAGGUGUGGCGCAACCCCAGCGCCCACAAUGCCGAGCGAGGCUGGCUCCUACUGGCCACCUGCCUCAGCGGCUUUGCACCUUCCUCGCGUCUCACCAACUACUUGCUCAAGUUCGUGUCUGAUUAUGGGCGGAACGGCUUCCAGGCUGUGUGUCAGCACCGCCUCAUGCAGGCCAUGGGCCGGGCCCAACAGCAGGGCUCUGGGGCUGCCCGCACCUUCCCCCCGACCCGGCUCGAGUGGAGAGCAACCCAGGAGAAGGCCAGCAUGGCGCUGGAUGUGGGCUGCUUCAAUGGUGACCAGUUCUCCUGCCCGGUGCACUCCUGGAGUACAGGGGAAGAGGUGGCCGGAGACAUUCUGAAGCACAGGGGGCUGGCAGAUGGCUGGCGGGGCUGGACGGUGGCCAUGAAGAGUGGGGUCCAGUGGGCAGAGCUGGCAGGCCACGACUAUGUGCUGGACCUGGUGUCUGACCUCGAGCUGCUCGGGGACUUCCCGAGACAGAAGUCGUACUUCAUCGUGGGUGCAGAAGGGCCCGUGGCCUGCAGGGGAGGCCCCAGAGCGUUGUUUGGGAACAGCUGGGACUCAGAUGAGGACACGCCCACCAGACCCCAGGCCCAGGGACACGCGCCCAAAGUGGCUGACUCUGAUGGGUACUGCAGCCACAACGAGGAUGGUACAAAUGGGGAGACUGGGGCCCAGAGAGGGACAGCGACCCACCAAGACUCAGACAGCCUGGGAGAACCCUCUGUGCCCCACAAGGGACUGGACGGCUACCUGGACAGCCUCUUCGACCCCGUGCUGUCCUACGGGGACGCGGACCUGGAGAAGCCAACGGCCAUUGCCUACCGCAUGAAAGGGGGAGGCCAGCCUGGUGGCAGCGGCAGCAGCAGCACUGAAGACCCCCCCAGGAGACCCCCAGAGCCAAAGCCAAAGCCAAUCCCAGGCCUGGAUGCGUCCACGCUGGCUCUGCAGCAAGCCUUCAUCCACAAACAGGCCAUCCUCCUGGCCCGGGAGAUGACCCUGCAGGCCAUGGCGCUCCAGCAGCAGCCCCCGAGUCCCACCCCAAGGCCCUUGCCCCUGGAGAAACCCCUCGCACCAGAGGCACGGCCGAAGUUUGUGGGCACUGGACCCCCAGCCAAGCCUGUGCUCCUGCGCUCCACUCCAAAGCCUCUGUCCCCAGCCCCUCCGGCCAAGGCCCCCAGACCUCCCACCAAGCCCGUGGCCGCCCCCAUUCUAGCUCAGGACCGGGUUUGUCCAGAAAUCACUUCGCCCUGCCCGGAUCUGGUCCGGUAUUCAACGCUCAACUCGGAGCACUUCCCGCAGCCCACACAGCAGAUCAAGAACAUCGUGAGGCAGUACCAGCAGCCGCCCCGGGGAGGCCAGCCCGAGGCCCUCAGGAAGGAUGGCGGAAAGGUGUUUGUGAAGCGGCCAGACCCCCAUGAGGAGGCGCUGAGGAUCCUUAAGGGGCAUAUGAGCCACGCAGCGGUGGCCUCUGGCAGCCAGGUGCCCAGAGAGGCCGUGGCCUUGGUAAAGCCAGUGACCAGCACACCAAGGCCAUCCAUGGGACCCACACCAGUGCCGCCUUCGCGGUCGCUGGAGCCCCCUGAGCAAACCCUGCAGACGCAGCUGCACCGUCUAGUGAACCCCAACUUCUAUGGCUACCAGGACGCCCCCUGGCGGAUCUUCUUGCGCAAAGAGGUGUUUUACCCCAAGGACAGCUACAGCCACCCUGUGCAGCUAGACCUCUUGUUCCGGCAGAUCCUCCAUGACACGCUCUCCGAGGCCUGCUUGCGCAUCUCCGAGGACGAGAGGCUGAAGAUGAAGGCUCUGUUUGCCCAGAACCAACUGGACACACAGCGGCCCCUGGCAACGGAGAGCGUGAAGCGGGCCGUGGUCAGCACCGCACGCGACAGCUGGGAAGUCUACUUUUCCCGCCUCUUCCCCGCCACGGGCAGCGUGGGCACUGGCGUGCAGGUCCUCGCCGUGUCCCACACAGGCAUCAAGCUCCUGCGGAUGGUCAAGGGCAGCCGGGAGGCUGGCGGCCGGCUGCAGGUUCUGCGCACGUACAGCUUUGCCGAUAUCCUGUUUGUGACCAUCCCCUCCCAGAACAUGCUGGAGUUCAACCUGGCCAGCGAGAAGGUCAUCCUCUUCUCGGCUCGAGCUCACCAGGUCAAGACCCUGGUGGACGACUUCAUCCUGGAGCUGAAGAAGGACUCCGACUACGUGGUCGCGGUAAGGAACUUCCUGCCCGAAGACCCGGCACUGCUGGCCUUCCAUAAGGGCGACAUCAUCCACCUGCAACCCCUGGAGCCUCCUCGAAUGGGCUACAGUGCUGGCUGCGUUGUCCGCAAGAAGGUUGUGUACCUGGAGGAGCUGCGGCACAGAGGCCCCGACUUCGGCUGGAGGUUCGGGACUGUGCACGGGCGCGUGGGCCGCUUCCCUUCGGAGCUGGUGCAGCCUGCGGCCGCCCCCGAUUUCCUACAGUUGCCAGCUGAGCCGGGCCGGGGCAGGGCCGCGGCUGUGGCCGCUGCAGUGGCCUCCACCGCUGCUGCAUGGGAGGUGGGCCGCAGGAGGGAGGGCCCCCCGGUCAGGGCUGGCUCCCCUGACCGCGCAGAGGACGGCCUGACUCUCCCUCCAUACUCGAUGCUUGAGUUUGCCCAGAAGUAUUUCCGAGACCCUCAGAGGAGACCCCAGGAUGGCCUUCGGCUAAAAUCCAAGGACGGUCGGGAGUCCAGAACCUUGGAAGACAUCCUUUGCUUCACCAAGACCCCGCUCCAGGAAUCUCUCAUCGAGCUCAGCGACAGCAGCCUCAACAAGAUGGCCACUGACAUGUUCCUAGCUGUGAUGAGGUUCAUGGGCGAUGCUCCGCUGAAGGGCCAGAGCGAACUAGAUGUGCUUUACACCCUCCUGAAGCUGUGUGGGGACCAUGAAGUCAUGCGGGAUGAGUGUUACUGCCAAGUUGUGAAGCAGAUCACGGACAACACCAGCACCAAGCCGGACAGCUGCCAGCGAGGCUGGAGGUUGCUGUAUAUCGUGGCUGCCUACCACAGCUGCUCCGAGGUCCUCCAGUCACACCUCGUUCGGUUCCUCCAGGAUGUGAGCCGGACUCCAGGCCUGCCCUUCCAAGGGAUUGCCAAGGCAUGUGAGCAGAAUCUUCAGAAAACCUUGUGCUUCGGUGGCCGCGUGGAGCUCCCCAGCAGCAUGGAGCUUCGGGCCAUGCUGGCGGGCCGCAGUUCUAAGAGGCAGCUCUUUCUUCUCCCCGGAGGCCUUGAACGCCAUCUCAAAAUCAAAACGUGCACCGUGGCCCUGGACGUGGUGGAAGAGAUCUGUGCUGAGAUGGCUCUGAAACGCCCCGAGGCCUUCAGCGAGUACGUCAUCUUCGUCGUCACCAACCGAGGCCAGCACGUCUGCCCGCUCAGCCGCUGCACCUACAUCCUGGAUGUGGCCUCGGAGAUGGAGCAGGUGGGCGGUGGCUACACGCUCUGGUUCCGGCGUGUGCUCUGGGAUCAGCCACUCAAGUUCGAGAAUGAGCUCUACGUGACCAUGCACUACAACCAGGUCCUGCCCGACUACCUGAAGGGCCUCUUCAGCAGCGUGCCAGCCAGCCGGCCCAGCGAGCAGCAGCUGCAGCAAGUGUCCAAGCUGGCCUCGCUGCAGCACCGGGCCAAGGACCGCUCCUACCUGCCCAGUGUGCGAGAGGUGCAGGACUACAUCCCGGCCCAGCUCUACCGCACCAUGGCCGGCUCGGCCUGGCUCAGCCUGCUUGGCCAGCACCGGCAGCAGACGCAGGCGCUCAGCCCCCACCAGGCCCGUGCCCAGUUUCUGGGCCUCAUCAGCGCCCUGCCCAUGUUCGGCUCCUCCUUCUUCUUCGUCCAGAGCUGCAGCAAGGCCACGGUGCCAGCCCCCUGCAUCCUUGCCGUCAACCAGAAUGGCCUUAACUUCCUCAGCAUCGAGACGCACGAGCUGAUGGUGAAGUUCCCCCUGAAGGAGAUCCAGUCCACUCGAACCCAGCGACCCACGGCCAGCUCCAGCUACCCGUAUGUGGAGAUUGCACUGGGGGAUGUGGCGGCCCAGCGCACCAUGCAGCUGCAGCUGGAGCAGGGCCUGGAGCUGUGUCGGGUGGUGGCCGUGCACGUGGAGAAUCUGCUCAGCGCCCGCGAGAAGCGGCUCACGCUGCCCCCCAGUGAGAUUACGCUGCUGUGACCCAGCCCCUGGCCCUCCAGCUACUGCCAGAAGGCUUGCUGUGAGGCACCAGGGGAGUUAUGGGGCCUCUCUGGGCCAGUGACCCCUGGAAGGGGCCAGACUCUUGGUGGGGAGACCAAGGUGUGGUAGAACGAAUGACCUCAGUUCCCCAGGAACCCAAGAAGACAGCUCCAGAGCUGGGAUGGAAUUGCAGUGUGCAAACUUGGGUCAGAUAAUGGGAAGAACUUCUGGAGGCGGGCCCAUGGAGCCUGGGGUCAAAUACCCAGUAUGGGCCCGGCCCCGACUCGCCCCUGUGGCAGAGAAGCCCCACAUGGAUGGUCUGGUCAAAUGGGACUUUGCGUUUGGUUUACCAAGGGUCUGAUGUUCAAAUCUGCCUCCAGUUCUAUAUCUCAGCCCCUCACAUGUCCUCCUCAAGUGCUCCCGCACUGCUACUCAGCUUGGACUUGUGACCCUUGGUCAUGUCUGUGCACGUAAAAGGUGUGCCUGGCCGCCAUUCCUCCCUCCACACAGUUGCUGAGUAGCUGGAAAAGCAGCCUAAGGGAGGAGGCAGGAAUUGGAGGCCUAGCUGUGCCCCUGACUUACUGCCCAUGAACAGACUUCCAGCAGAGACCUCUGUCCUUACCUCUCCCUGCAGACCCCCAUCCCCCAACACCACACUCCUUAGGCAGCCCCAACCCCAGGCCCCCAUCACUGGAUGGCUCACACAAGAUUUGAGGGGGGGUAUAGUGGAGGGAGAGAGAAAUUUCACAUCAGAAUCUGGGGAGGAGGAAGUCCGGGAAAGGCUUCCCAGAGAAUGGGAUAUUGGGGUUGGGUUUUGAAGGAUGGGUAGGAGUUUUCUAGGAAUAGAGGAGAGAGGAAUGAACGUUCCAAACAGAGAACACAGUGUUCGUUCCCUACUGUAUCCCCCAGAGCCUAGGACAGUGCCUAUCACAGAGUAGGCACUUAAACAAUGCUUGUUACAUGGAUGAAAGGAUAAAUAAAUAAAUGUUGAUGGAAA